AUGGCGAUGACAAGUAGUAAUCGCAGUAGUAAUUACGCCAGUAAUUCCCGUCAACAUUUGGGCUUUGCUCGUCCGGUUCUCGCUAGCUGUUACGCCACCUCCAAGUCUUGUUCAACCGGCGUUCAAGGAUUCCAUUACUCUUCGACCGGCGCGGACGGUAUGUUCCCCCAUCCAUCUCUUGCUGCCGGCAUUCGCUGAACCGUGUCUCCUUUUGUUUUCUGCAGGGGCGCAGUGGCGUUCCUGAGGCAUCCUCGGGAUAUCCGACAAGUCCUCCUUACUCCAACGGCGGUCGUCGUAAUGGCGCCGCCGCUGAUCAUGGUAAGGGGGCAUCGAGAAUCAUCGCAAGGGAGUGUGAGAGACUUCUUUGUGGAGACAUGAGGCGGAUUUUCCUUGGUGGAGGGAAUAAUCCGAAGAGUGUCCCUGUUCCGAUGGUCUCGGUUAAUAGCGGCAAAAAUAACAAUCAUCACAGCAAUAGAGUUGACGCGAAGGAGAUGCAGUUCAUUGAGGUGUGGGAUUACGUUGGCGGUGCAAGCUUCAGAGGGUUUGUUGCUGAGAAGGAGGCGGAUAAGAGUUUGUUCUUGUUCUUUGAGCAUGUUGAGGGGACACAAUUGAAGCAUGGGUGAGCUUUUUUUUCCCCCCCCCCUCUCUCUCACUGGGGUUCGGACUUUGAGGAGCUUUGUGCUAACGGUGUGAAACAGGCUGAUAGCUCUUAUUGAAUUGGCUAGUGAAUGUUUCAGUUGUGAUCGUCUAGUGAUUUGCUUGGAGCGCAAGACGGAUAGGAUCCGUAAGUUUUGGUCACUCCUAUUCGAUGCUUAAUAAUUGUCUAAUUGUUCGCCGUCUACACAGAUUCACUCAUCCGCGACCUUGGAUGGGUUGGUUUCGAACUCAUCACCCUUUCUCAUUGGUUGCAGCUCGACAGCAUUGCGAGCCCUCAAGCGAUGGCCCCAAUCGUUUUCCCUCCUACACCCCCGUCAAGUUACUCCUCAACCAACACUCGCAGCGGCAGCUUUUCCAGCGUUUCGUCGACGGCUUCGUCCCUAGCGGAUGAAGAAGUGACAAGCGAUCGGUGGAUCUUUGUCGGUAUGGAAUUGUAGAGGGAUUUUUUUCCUGUGACUUUCCUUUUGAAUCAUGUUCUGAGGGCUGCUUUACUAUUUCACUUCAUUCGCUUGAUUCGUGGUUUUGGGAACGAGUCUUUUUUCUUGGCUGCAGCUUUUCCUUUCCCUUCUUUCCUGCUCUUUCCACACAAAAGGUUUCGGUUUUUGUUAUGAUUGGGAUGGUCGUUUUGUGAAUUACCUGGAUCGGGAGGGGCUUUCUUGUCUGUUUCUUGCCCAAAUACAAAAUUCGACUGCGCUGUGAUAAUAAUAUUAUGAUGAAAAUAAAGUCCGAAAGGAUGGA